AUGGGAAUUCCGACCGAAACCCGAAGCAACGAGCUGAGAAGGUCCGGCACCGAAGCAAAGGCCGGGAGAAGGUUUUUGACGACGAAGAGGCCAAGAACGUCCCGAACCACAAGUGUCCCGAUGAAGACGAGGGCAGUUCGAGAAGGUUCUAGAAGACUCGUCGUCAACCCUAUCGAAAAGAAGGUGAAAACCCUAAAGAGGUUGAUUCCCAGCAACGACUCAACGGGGCUGGACGGGCUGUUUAGGGACACGGCUGAAUAUAUAUUGGCUCUGCAGAUGAGGGUCAAGGUUAUGCAGAUUAUGGUUAAUGUUUUGUCAGGUUCUUCUUCUGAUGAUUUUCAUUUGUAA